AUCUCCAAAACAACAUUCCUAACACUAAACCCCAAAAACCUAAAUCUUUUUCUUAGUAACAUUUUCAAUCUAUGGCUUCUUCUUCGCUUAUCGUUUCUAUCUUUUCCUUCAUCUUCUUAUUCUCUCUCGCCGCUGCAAAUGAAGUCACCGUCGGUGGAAAAUCCGGUGACUGGAAGAUCCCUCAUUCACCGAGUGGGCUCAAAAAGCUCGCUUCAAAGUCGGCGACUUUAUUGUUUUCCGGUACGAAUCUGGUAAAGACUCGGUUUUGGAAGUCUGGUCCUUUCUACUUCAUUAGUGGAGCUAAUGGUCACUGUGAGAAAGGUCAGAAGCUGAGCCUUGUUGUGAUCAGUCCUCGUCACAGUGCUAUCUCUCCGGCUCCUUCUCCGGUUGAGUUCGAAGAUGGUCCAGCUUUGGCUCCAGCUCCAACCAGUGGCUCAGUUAGGCUUGGUGGUAGUCUAUAUGUUGUGUUAGGUCUUGUUCUUGGUCUAUUGGCUUGGUUCUGAUUUGGAACCAUGUGAUGAGAUUGCUUUUUAGAAUUACAUGUUGUGUUGUUUAGCUAAGAGAUCUUUGUCCUUGGCUCUUUGCUACUAUUUUAUUACAAUUCAAUUUAUUAUUA